CUUCUUAGUUCAGUCACUCGGUGCGCGAUGUGUUACUCACUGUGCGGCGGGGACGGCGACGAGCCCGGGUCGCCGUUGGCAGCAGCAGCAGCUCUGGCAGCGCGGCAGACCCUGAGUGCCCAGGCGUACCCCGGCACUCCGGAGCGCGGUGCGGCAGCGGGACUGGUGCGGCCCUGCGAGCCUUAGUCUCGGCCCCUCGACUUGGGGACCCCGACUCUCCGCCCAACCAGCGAGUCCCCAGGCGCCGCCCGAGAGCCUGAGAGGCAGCAGCCGCGGGCAGCCGGGCCAGGAGGCGGCCACCGCUGCCGCUGGGCAUCCUCUGGGGCCCCAGAGCGUGGAGGGCGCUGCGCACGGCUCGGCGCGGCCCCCCGCCGGCCUCUCCGAACCUUCCCCACCUCCUGGGCCCAAGGGACACGGGCUCGAGAAGACGAGCUGGGGUAGAGGGAGCCGCCCCCGCCUGCGCCCUCUCUGCUCCCCCCUGAGCCCCUUUACACCGGGCUGGGCAGCACGGCCUGAAGUGCCCGCGAUGGCGAGCCCGCCGCUGCACGGCCCCCCCGGGCCGGCGGGCAGCGACGGCCCCAACCUCAACAACAACAACAACAACAACAACCACAGCGUGCGCAAGUGCGGCUACCUGCGCAAGCAGAAGCACGGCCACAAACGCUUUUUCGUGCUGCGCGGGCCCGGCGCGAGCGGCGAGGAGGCAACGGCGGGUGGGGGUCCAGCACCGCAGCCUCCGCGGCUCGAGUACUACGAGAACGAGAAGAAGUGGCGGAGCAAGGCGGGCGCCCCGAAGCGGGUCAUCUCGCUCGACUGCUGCCUGAACAUCAACAAGCGCGCCGACGCCAAGCACAAGUACCUGAUCGCCCUCUACACCAAGGACGAGUACUUUGCCGUGGCGGCCGAGAACGAGCAGGAGCAGGAGGGCUGGUACCGCGCGCUCACCGACCUGGUCAGCGAGGGCCGCGCUGGUGCCGGCGACUCGACCCUCUCCUCCAUCACCACCGGGUCCUGCAGUGCCUCUUUGCCUGGCGCCCUGGGCGGCUCAGCGGGUGCUGAUGAGAGCUACGGGCUGGUGGCGCCCGCCACAUCAGUCUACCGCGAGGUAUGGCAGGUGAACCUGAAGCCAAAGGGUUUGGGCCAAAGCAAGAACUUGACAGGCGUCUACCGCCUGUGUCUGUCCGCUCGCACUAUUGGUUUCGUAAAGCUGAACUGUGAGCAGCCGUCGGUGACGCUGCAGCUCAUGAACAUCCGCCGCUGCGGCCACUCGGACAGCUUCUUCUUCAUCGAGGUGGGCCGCUCAGCUGUCACCGGCCCUGGCGAGCUGUGGAUGCAGGCCGACGACUCGGUGGUGGCCCAGAACAUCCAUGAGACCAUCCUGGAGGCCAUGAAAGCACUCAAGGAGCUCUUCGAGUUCCGGCCGCGCAGCAAGAGCCAGUCGUCGGGCUCCUCAGCCACACAUCCCAUUAGCGUCCCCGGCGCUCGCAGGCACCACCACCUGGUCAACCUGCCCCCCAGCCAGACUGGCCUGGUGCGCCGCUCACGCACCGACAGCCUGGCUGCCACCCCGCCGGCUACCAAAUGCAGCUCAUGCCGGGUGCGCACGGCCAGCGAGGGCGACGGCGGCACGGCGGCGGGAACGGGGGCGGCGGGUGGAAGGCCCGUGUCGGUGGCUGGGAGCCCCCUGAGCCCCGGGCCGGUGCGCGUGCCCCUGAGCCGCUCGCACACCCUGAGCGGUGGCUGCGGUAGCCGUGUGAGCAAGGUGACACUGCCUCCGGCAGGGGGCGCCCUGCAACACAGCCGCUCCAUGUCCAUGCCCGUGGCGCAUUCGCCCCCGGCAGCCACCAGCCCAGGCAGUCUUUCGUCCAGCAGCGGGCAUGGUUCGGGCUCCUACCCACUGCCUCCGGGUCCGCACACGCACCUGCAGCAUCCUCUGCACCACCACACGAGCCAGCGGCCCUCCAGUGGCAGCGCCUCAGCCUCUGGCUCCCCCAGCGAUCCCGGCUUCAUGUCCUUGGAUGAGUACGGCUCCAGCCCUGGGGAUUUGAGAGCCUUCUGCAGCCACAGAAGCAACACACCUGAGUCCAUUGCCGAGACACCCCCGGCGAAGGAUGGGAGUGGGAGCGAGCUAUACGGGUACAUGACCAUGGACAGGCCCCUGAGCCACUGUGGCCGCCCCUACCGUCGGGUCUCAGGGGAUGGAGCUCAGGACUUGGACAGAGGGCUGAGGAAGAGGACUUACUCCCUGACCACACCUGCUCGGCAGCGGCCGGUGCCCCAGCCCUCCUCUGCAUCUCUGGAUGAAUACACUCUCAUGCGGGCCACCUUCUCUGGCAGCUCAGGCCGCCUCUGCCCAACCUGCCCGACAUCUUCUCCCAAAGUGGCCUACCACCCUUAUCCUGAAGACUACGGCGAUAUUGAGAUUGGGUCCCAUAGGAGCUCCAGCAGUAACUUGGGCACGGACGAUGGUUACAUGCCCAUGACCCCUGGCGUGGCCCUCAUGGGUGGUGGCAGUGGCAGCUGCAAGAGUGACGACUACAUGCCCAUGAGCCCCACCAGUGUGUCUGCCCCCAAGCAGAUCCUGCAGCCACGGGCUGCUGCUGCUGCAGCCUUGCCCCCCACUGGACCUGCAGUGCCGGCACCCGCCAAUGCGGCAGGCAGGGCCUUUCCAGAGAACGGGGCCAGCUACAAAGCUAGCUCCCCGGCUGAAAGUUCUCCCGAGGACAGUGGAUACAUGCGUAUGUGGUGUGGCUCCAAGCUGUCCAUGGAGAACACCGACAGCAAGCUGCUUCCCAACGGGGACUACCUCAACAUGUCCCCCAGCGACGCGGGCACUUCAGAGACCCCACCCGACUUCUUCUCGGCAGCCUUGCAUGGCGGAGAGAUGCUCAGGGGUGUCCCUGGCUACUGCUACAGCUCUUUGCCCCGCUCCUACAAGGCUCCCUACACUUGCAGUGGGGACAAUGACCAGUAUGUGCUCAUGAGCUCCCCCGUGGGUCGCAUCCUGGAAGAGGAGAGGCUGGAACCUCAGGCCAGUGUGGCGACCACGCAGUCGGCCAGCGCCCUUGUGGCUGGGGUCAGUGGGAUUGGGCACACCCAGCCUCCUCACUCCGCAGUGCCUUCUCCAGGGAGGCUAGGUGGCAGCGGCAGUAGCCGCCCAGAGGGCUUCCUGAACCAGCGUUGCCGGGCAGUGAGGCCCACGCGCCUAUCCCUGGAGGGGCUGCAGACCUUACCCAGCAUGCACGAGUACCCUCUACCGUCGGAGCCCAAAAGUCCCGGAGAGUAUAUCAAUAUUGACUUUGGGGAGUCUGGAGCCCGCUUGUCACCGCCUGCCCCUCCGCUGCUGGCUUCGGCAGCCUCAUCCUCUUCGCUGCUGUCUGCCAGCAGCCCAGCCUCUUCCCUGGGCUCUGGCACCCCAGGAACUAGCAGCGACAGCCGGCAACGCUCACCACUCUCUGACUACAUGAACCUCGACUUCAGUUCGCCCAAGUCACCCAAACCUGGUACCCAGACUGGUGACCCAGUGGGCUCCUUGGAUGCCCUCCUAUCUCCCGAUGCCUCCUCCCGGUACCCGCCACUGCCCCCACGCCCUGCUGCCCCCUCCUCCUUGAAGUCACAGCCACCUCCCCCACCCUCCCCGGGAGAGUUGUACCGCCUGCCUCCUGCAUCCACUCCCCAAGGCCCCAGUGCUGCCUCCUCUUCGUCCUCGGAGACUGGGGACAAUGGUGACUACACCGAGAUGGCCUUUGGCGUGGCUGCCACCCCGCCACAACCCAUCGUGGCCCCCCCAAAGCCAGAAGGUGCCCGUGUGACCAGCCCCACAUCUGGCAUGAAGAGGCUGAGUCUCAUGGAUCAGGUGUCUGGAGUUGAGGCCUUUCUGCAGGCUGGCCAGCCCCCAGACCCACAUCGGGGGGCCAAGGUCAUCCGUGCAGACCCGCAGGGGGGCCGCCGCCGCCACAGCUCUGAGACCUUUUCCUCAACCACCACUGUGACUCCCGUGUCUCCAUCCUUUGCCCACAACCCGAAGCGCCACAACUCGGCCUCGGUGGAAAAUGUCUCUCUCAGGAAAAGCAGCGAAGGGGGUGGCAGCGGUGUCCUCAGUGGGGGCGAUGAGCCCCCUCCAUCUCCCCACCAGUUGCAACCACAGCUCACCCAGCAGGCUCGGCCAUGGACACCAAGUCAGCCUGGGGGCCUGGUUGGCUGCCCUGGGGGCAGUGGCUCUCCAAUGCGCAGGGAGACGUCUGCUGGCUUUCAGAAUGGCCUCAACUACAUCGCCAUCGAUGUGAGAGAUGAGCCAGGGUCCUCGCCACCCCAGCAGCAACACCCCCAAUCGCAGCAUCCGCAUCCCCAGCCAGGCGACAAGAGCGCCUGGGGCCGGACCCGUAGCCUUGGGGGUCUCAUCAGCACUGUGGGGGCUGGCAGUGCUGGUGGGGUGGUUGGGGGGCCAGGCCCUGGAGCCCUGCCUUCCAACACCUAUGCCAGCAUCGACUUCUUGUCCCAUCACCUGAAGGAGGCCACCAUUGUGAAAGAUAUCCAUGAUCUGUCCAGGAAAGCCCCCUUCUCCUGUGCAGAGGAGGCCUCCUGGCCCCCAGCAGCCCCCUCCACUCAUAGCACCUCCUGUUCUGAAAACCUUCCGCUGCGGGACACCCUGCCCUCCGCCACAGCGGCCACUGUGGUCGGAUCAGGGCAGUCCCAUUUGGCGGGGCAGCUCUGUGUUACCAACCCGUCAGGCUGAUGGAGUCGGUUUCAGAGUGAAGAUCUGCCUGGCUUUAUUACCAUGAUAUCACCCAUCAGAGAAUCACAUUAAAAGAAGAAGCUCAGCAUUUUUCUUUUAAAUCUGAAGCUGCUUACCAUUUUUCCUUUGGAUCUGAGCAAUUACUUUGUUUUGAAAUAUCUGUGACUGUAUUAGACAUGGAACCAACAAGGCAAGAAUACCUGCCUUGCUCUCUUGUUUCCAUAGGGGGCAUUCACCCUUGUGCAUUUUGUGUUGUGUUUUGUUUUGUUUUGUUUUUUCUUAACGCAAUUGCCGAAGAAGUUAUCCUGAAGAAAAUCAGUUGUUUUCAUUGGCCCUUUAAAUUGUGGCCAGUGUCUUAAUUUCUUCCUACUUUCAUUUUGGCAAAGCAAAUUUGUCCCUCAGCAUGUUAGGAAAUACUACCAAUACCCAUUCAAGUGGUAAAAUCUGGCAUUUACCGGCAUACACUCAAAACUACCACAGUGCUACCUCAGUUCCAGGUAAAGCCGGAUUUGCAUGGUUGGGGGCCAGCAGGACCUCCUGUGUUUCUCUGCUGAAUGUGGCACAAGUGUGGUCAUCAGCCUUAUUAAACUGGUUCCAGUACACAGCUGCUUGUUGGACUCCAAUCCAGGUACCUGCGUGUUUACUCACAGACAGAGCCCAGUGUGGGACUGACAUUUCUCAAUGGAAAUGAAAUUUGAGGUUGGACUUGGAAGAUGGAUUAAUAAUAAUUAUAUGUAACUGAAGCAACCUACUUUUGAAAAUCAUCAACUGUAUUGGGUAGUGGGGGUGGGGGGCGGGGUGUGGGGAAGGGGUGAGUAUCUCUUUUUACCUUUAACAGACUUGUUUAAUCUUCUCUAUGUAGAUAUUUAUGUAGGUACUUCAAAUUGCAAAGCCUUUGAUCCUAUUUACAAGCUCAAAUGUCUCUGCUAUCCUUAAUCUUGAGCUUGCAUUUCUUUAACCAAAAAUUCACAUAGGCAUGCUAGCAAUUUAAGGGUGGUCACCAGCUUAGCAGAUUUUUAAAAAAUAUUUAUAUCUUGACUAUAAUGCUAUUGUGUGGGUCAACCAGGCUGCCCUGAACAACAACACAACAAAAAAAAGGUCGGGGGUGGAGGAAAGAAACGGAUAAAAGAGGCAUUUUGGCCCCUGUGCUAUUAAUAGAAAAAGGAAAAAGAAGAAAAAUGAUCUCACAGUACAUGUCACUUGUUGAAAAGUUCCUAACAAGACUACUUUGGUUUUACGUUUUCAGUGUUCCGAAAAUAUCAGUGUUGUGGCAAUUAUCACAGGUGUCAGCUAAAACUGCUGCCCAUGACCAGCAGAAUGUCAUGUCAUCUCGCUGCCCCUUGACACCUGAUGGAGGGCUGUAGACCUGUUUCUCCCGUAGGUGCGUCCCCAGUGCCUAUCUUCUCUAAUCGUCCUGUAGACGCUACACUAGUUCAUUGGAGGUGUGAACUUUUUUUCGAGAAAAAAUAUAUAUAAAUAUUUAGAUAUAUAUCACUAUAGAAUAAUGCAUUAAUAAAAAUAUGGCUUUUUUAGAGGAAGACCAAAAAAUUCAAUGUCUUAAAAAUAUAUUUAAUGGCAAUGCAAAAGUCUUCCUGCUUCCACGCUGAACUUUUUAGAACAGAGGAUUGUAUUGCAAGACAAAGUUGAAUGUAAAGCGAUACCCCUGAACAUUUUUUAAAGUUUUACUUUUCUAAAAUUAUACUUCACAACAGUGCAUAGACCAUUAAAUGUUAGUUUGAAGGUCAAUUUCAGUGUAUAAUAUAUAUACUUUAUUAAAAUGUGUAAAAUGUCCUUAAAGUUUUGAUUUAGUUUUGGGACUAGGGAUUGAUGGGCGGUAUUUGCUUAUGUGACUCCCCCCAGGUACAGUAGGACUGAACAUGGACUCCGCUGAAUACAGUGUAUGAUGCGUAUUUAAGUAGUUCUCUAUACUUAGAGUAGUCAUGCCACUAUAAAAUGGUUCAUGUUCAUAAUGCAACUUUUAAAAGAAGCAAAAUAAAAAGUUGAUAAUAUACUAAAUUUUCCUCUAUCCUG